UUUUUUUUUUUUUUACAUCAACAAUAUACACUGACGUUUAAUUAUAAUCUCUCACACAAAUGCAAAUAGAUUGUCUAAUAAAAAAAAAAAAAAAAUUUAAAUAUUAAAAUAUCUAAAUAUAUAUAAAAUCAAUAAAUAAAAUACAUAUAAAUAAACAAUAUGUGAUAAUAAUAAUGUUAUCAUAAUUAGAUGAUAUAUAAUAUAAUAUAAUAAUAUUAAUAUUUAUAAAUAAAUAUAAGUAUAAUAAAUAUUAUGUAUCAUGAUAUUAUAAUGUUUGUCUUGUUUUUGUUUUUGAUUAUCAUAUAUAUUAUUGUAUUCUGUUGUCAUAUUUGUUUAUGAUAUUCAUUGAUGUUGUUGUAUAUACACUCUUGAUUGUGUACUGAUUGACCAAAUUGAUGCUGUUUAUAUACACACAUUUGUCAUUGUGUUGAUACAACGAAAAUUAAUAAAUAUUUUAUAAUUAAAAAAAUAUAUAAUAUUAUAAUAUAAAGUGUAUUGUCUGUUUGAGCAAAGUUUAUUGGUCUGUUUAGUUCAUGAUUAUGACAGUGACAUCCAAAAAUAGAUGACAAUUCAAGAAACAAAUAAAAAUUUUUUUAAUAAAACAAUUUUAUUUUUAUUGUGUUGUUUAAAUUUUUUAAUAGUAAAAAUAUAAUUGUUAUAAUUUUUAUUUUUUAAUAAUAAUUAUUAUUGACAAUUUAUGUUGAUGGAAAAUAUAAUAUUUAUUUGUCAAUUGACGUGUUCCAAUGGUCAUGGAAGCUCUUAAAUCAUCACAGGAAAUUGUACAUGAAGGAUUUCUCAUUAAAUCACCUCCAACAAAGCGUUGGCGGGCGAGAUGGAGAAAAAGAUGGUUUGCUCUUAGACACAGUGGUGAAUUACCUGGACAAUAUUUUUUAGAAUAUUAUGUUGAAAAAGGAUGUAAAAAAUUAAAAGGACGUAUUGAUCUUGAUCAGUGUGAACAGGUUGAUGCUGGUUUAAGAUUUGAAAAUAGAAAACAAAAAUAUCAAUAUAUGUUUAAUGUUAAAACUCCAAAAAGAAUAUAUUAUCUUGUUGCUGAAAGUGAAACAGAUAUGAAUAAAUGGGUUGAUGCUGUUUGUCAAGUAUGUGGAUUAAAAGCAUAUACACAAGAUGAAGAACAACAAUUAUUUAAUAAUUAUGAAACACAAGAGUCACCACCAAUAUCACCAACAAGUACAAUAUCUGGUCCAUAUAUACCAAUAAGCGAAUGUAUAUCUGGUCGUCGUUUUAAUGAUACAUCAUCAUUAAAUUCUGGUAUUAUAAAUCAAAUACCAGAAUUAUAUGAUGCACCAAGAAAAUUAGCACCACCACCACCAUUACCAUCACCACCACGUUCACCAACAACAACUGAUGCUGAAAGUGUAUUUACUGAUGAUGAAUGGACAACACCAGUACCAAGUGUUAAUUGGGAAACAUUUCCAUCGUCAUGUGAUUCAAAAGCAUCACAAAGUGGUGUUAAUGGUAGUGUUGGUGGUGGUGGCAGUGGUGGUGGUGAUAAUGAUAUUGGUUCAUGGCGUGUUAGACAACGUUUUGGUAAAUUAAGAAUUGUUGAUUCAUCAAUAUUACCAAAUGAUGAUAAUACAAUAUUACCAGCACCACCAAGACCACCAAAACCAUCACAUAUGACUAAUGAUAGUCCAGGACAUAAUUAUUUAAAUUUAGAUGGUUCAAUUGAUAGUUCAAAACCAACAACACCAGCAACACCAGCAACACCAGCACCAUCAACAGCAUCAACAGCAAUUAUAACUGAUGAUACAUAUGAUUUUCCAAGAUCACAUCAACCAAAUUGUGAUAAUGAACAACAAAUGACAUCAACUAUUGGACGUUCAUCAUCAAAACAUUGUUAUAGUAAUGCUGCACCAUCAACUAUUGAUGAUCGUAUAUUUCGUUAUGAUUUUCAUGAUGAUGAACCAUCAAGUCCAAGAUCAGAAAGUUCAACAACAGCAACAUAUUCAAAUCUUUCAAGUCCAUUAAUUCGUGAUUCAUUUAGUGGUAUUAAUUCAACAAGUAUUGUUGCAUCAUCACCAUCAUCAUCUUCAACAACAGCAAUUAUAACAGCAUCAUCAACAUCAACAACAACACCACCAGUUGUUUAUCGUGAACUUAAACCAGGAAGAAAAACAAGUGAUUCAUUAUCAAUUAUUAGCAAUGAACCAUCACCUGGACCUGUAUUAUCAAUUCCUGAUAUAAGCUCUGCUGAACAUUCGCCAGCUGAGCCACCAAGUAUCGAUAGAAGACUUAAGCCUGCUUUUAUAAGAACUCCUAUUGAAAUUUCAAGACCAUUGAAAUUGGCUUCACCUCCUGGAAGAGGUAGAUUAAGAGCAGCACCAAGUCCAACACCUCCAAUGAAUCAUGUAUAUGGUAAUAGACAUCAUUCAAUUUCUGAUGAAGAUAUAAAUACACAGAAUGAUGACAAAGAUGAGAUAUAUUAUUAUCAAGAUCAAAAUUCAUUUAUACCUGCAUCACGUGCUGGAAUGUUACAAUACUUGGAUCUUGAUCUUGAUGUAUCUGAUAAUUUUGCAACUACAACAUUACCACCAGCCCAAUCACCACCAAAUACAACUGUUUAUAAAACUGUUGAUUUUUUAAAAACUGAAGCAUUCAAUAGAACACGACAACGUGUUGAAGAAGAACGAAAAAGAACAGAUGUAGACUGAGGUUUUUAUUAUUCUUUUAUACAAAAACCAGCACAUAUCAUAUUGGUAUCUCAAAAAAAUUAAAAAAAAACGUUUUAUUAUAUUAUUUUAGUUUGUUUUUUAUAAAAAAACAAAUUGGGAACAAUUUUUUUUAUAUUUUGAUAAAACUUUUAUUAAAUAAUAUUUUAAUUAUGGACCAAAAAAAAAUUAUUUUAAAAUUGCCAAGCAAUGUGGUUUUUUUUUUUUCAACAAAUUAUUGUUUAAAUAAAUUAAAUAUUUUCAUAUAAAAAAUGAUAAAUAACUCAAUCAAUAAUUUUACAAAAAUAAUUGAGUAUUUUUCAUUAUAAAAAUUAUUAAAUUUUUUAAAUUUUUAUCGCUGCAAAAAUUGCCAUUUUAUAAUUAUUAUAAUUAUAUUAUAAAAAUACGUGAUUACUUAUUAUUAUUUAUUUAAGUAUGUUCGAUAUAUAAAUAUUAAUAUUAUUUUUUAUAUUUUAUUUUUUCCAUAAUUUCAAUUUCUUUUAUUGCCAUUGAAAUAAAUUAAUAAAUAAUUUUGGUUUUUUAUACUAGUAUACAAGUACUGAUUUUAAAAAGAAAAAAAAAAAAAAAUUUAUAAUAAUUUUUUCUGUUAAAACAGUAGAGAGUGUAUAUGACUGUCAAAAAUUUAAAAAAUUAAAUGUCAAUGACUACUGACAAGAACAAAAAAAAAUUUCUAUAAAUUAGAUACAUUUAUUUUUUAUAAUAACAGUAUUGUUAUAUUUUAAAUAAUAAUAAUAAUAAUACAAUGAAUAAGUAGAAAAUCUAAUAGAGGAAAAAAAGAAAAAUGCAUUUUCUAAUAGAAAAAAUUAUCAAUAUAAUUAUUUCGAAAUUAAUAAUAAUUAAAAACGCACAAUAAUGAUGAUAAUAAAUUUUUUUUAAUUAAUAAAUUUUAUCAUAUCAAUAAUAAUAAAUAUUCAAUAAUUUUUAACUAGAUAAAUAAUGAUGAAUUUUAAUAACUUUUUUAUAAAAAAUAUGAAUUAUUUAAACAGUCACACUAUUAACAAUAAAACAAAAUAAUUAAUAAUAUAAUUAGAUACAAAAAAAAUAAAACUAAUAAUAAUGUACAUUUGAGUAUAUAAACCAAACGCUUUAAACGAUUUUUGUGAUUAUUGAUCACAUCAUUUAUUAAAUAUAAGUAGAUCAAUUAAUCAUUAGCCACCAGGUCUUUUUUUUAUUGUAAAAAUAUAAAAUAAUAAAAAGUAGAUAUUAUAUUUAUAUAAAUAUAUAUUAUUAAAAUUGACACUUACUGUACAAAGUGUAAAUGAAUAAAAUUAACAAACGGAAUAUAAAGAGAAACGCUAGAUAAUUAAUAUUUUUUUUUUAAUAAAAAAUACUUUUUUUUUUUUUUCAUAAACAAUUCGUUUUAUUUUUUUUUUAAAUUAAAUUUAUUAAUUUUAAGUUAAUUUUUUUUUAUAUAUACAAAUGUGUAAUACAAUUUUUAAUUACCGUUUGUAUUUUUAUUUACUAUUAUUAUUAUUAUAAAAAAAUAUAAAUAUCGAUUAAUAUCAAUGUAUAUUGUAUUCGCUAUUAAUAAAUAUAAAAAGUUUAUACAG